AUGGCGGCCAGGAUUGAUAUGGCAGCCGCAGUGACGUCAGGAUCCGGGAAAUCGAGAUCGUUACGGAUGCCUGUGCACACGGUUUCCCACAGAUCAGCCGUGAGGCGGGUCGAGCGGAUGAGGUCGAAGGCGAGUUUCUUUGAGACGGCGGAAGCCGGGGAAGCAACUAUCUCCUCAACGGCGGAUUUCGCGAUGACGGAGAUAUCCCGUCCGGCGGCGGAUUGUUGCAGCGCCUGCAGUAAUGCGCCGGAUUGCCGGAGCGCGUCGAAACGAAUCUCAGCCGGAAUUUUUGCGGAAGAUGGAUCGUCAGCUCAUAUUUUCAGUGGAAUUGCCAGAAAUUUUCGCGGCGACUACUGUAUUUCAGACAGUUAUUCGGUGCCGGAGAACUGUACCGGUGGUUCGAUCUACGGUGACCUGAAUGCUUAA